CCCCCAUCUCGGUGUGUGAGCUCCCGCAGGGAUGGCUCGUGCAGAGUUGUCGUCGUUCAUGAUAACGUAACGGAGAGACCGGACGACAACCGACCAGAACCGUAACACAGUUUCGAGCUCGUCUUUCGCGGGUGGUGCACGAUUCACGUGGAAUUAAAAGGGUUUCCCCCCGUGAAACCGGGGAUCGUAAGAACAGUUCUCUCGUUCGGGCCAAUGGGCGGAGGUUUAGGGCGGCACAUGGCUGUUGGGGCGCCGGCGGUUCUGCAGGGGGUGGUUUUCCCAACGGCUAGCUCGCACUGACCGAAAAUCCACCGUUUUCUCCACGGUCGCGGGUGUUCCGCGGCUUACGUGUGUGUCCCUUGAUCGGAAUUGCGUACGAUCGGUGGCCCGGAUCAGGGUUCGAGUAACAAGUUCACAGUGACAGUGGUAAAGAGAAGUAACUCGGUUAUAUGUCUGGAUCUCCUUAUCCAAGCGGAAAGAAGCCGCCGGAGUAAAUCAGCCUAUCGCGAGUCACGCGUGUCCUCUCGUGUGUUAGCGAUCUUGUAGUUCGCGCACGUAAAGAUCGGACGGAGGGACGACAGUGUGAUCGCCGACAAUCCCCGGGAAGAUACCCGCGAUCUUUGUGCUGUGGAACUGGGCCUGACGAGUAACAUCUCGAGAGAUUGUUUCGCUACAAGACAUACACAUGAGGAAGGCGUUCAAGAGUUCAGUGGUGUUCGACCAACAAGUUGUCUCGAGAGACACGAUGCCCACGGCGAUGUUGGAGACCUAUCAUCAAUGUGACACACCACCGCCUCUCGACAAACUUAAUGUUUACAGGGAGGACGGUAAGGACGGUCUGAAGUUCUACACAGAUCCGAACUACUUCUUCGACUUGUGGAGUCAGGAGAUGCUCAAGGACACUGAAAAGAAGUUGCACGAUCGGGGAAAGAAGCCGCAUAGGCCUCGGAACGAGGGUGGCGGCGGAGGCGGCGGCAGGCACAAGAAGCGUAUAAGGCAGCCACAUAACACGAGAGAAAGGCAAAGACAAUUGGCUGUCGGGCAUGGGGAGUACAUUAUGCCGACGCAAGGUGUCCAAUACAGGGCACCCCAUAACAUACCCGACGAAUCGUUGCUGGGCAUGGUGAUGACCGAACCACGGCCGCCCAGGCCAAACAGCAUCGAACUUAGACGAAGUUAUCCGCCGGAGGAGCAACAUUUGUACAGCCCUCCUUCCUCCGAUCACUAUAGGGCAGCAAAUUACGCAACUCAGGGCUAUGAAGACAAUCUGUACGGCUCACACUAUGGUCCCGGACAAGGGCAAGCGGGUAGCGAGACGUAUCAGAGUCCUGGUGGCCAGAGCACCCCAAGUAGGAGCGGUAGAUCGCGGCCAUCGCAACCACCACCAGCUCCACCAAGCAAUACUUCUAGCAAUUCAACCCCUACCGUAGCCUCUGCUAAUAAUACACCGACUCGAGGAAGGUCGAUGAGUACCAGCAGGGAUACUCUUCCGCCACCACCUCCGCCACCUGGUGAAACUAUGUCUCCACCUCCUAUGAAUGGUUCUAUACCGUCGCACCUAUUGAACAGGAGUGGAAGUCGUUCGAACAGUCCAUUACCAAGUCACCACUCCACGCCUACUCCGCCAAAUCAUUCAACGCAAAUCGGAGCGGAUGAAACCGAUCCAGCAGCGCCCCAAGAUUUGCCGCCUCCACCCCCAACCCCGGAUCCCACACCGCCCAGACCUAUUUCUCCGCCCUGUAAUAUCCCGCCCCCGCCGCCUCCACCGCCUCCACCGCCACCUGUUACUAAUGGACCGACGCCACCGUUACCCCUAACCAACGGCGACAUUGCUAGAAUGAUAGCGACCAAUCCGCCGAAGCUGAAACCCCUGAAACCUCUGAAGAAUAACGUGGACGGGCAAUUGAGGAAGCCCGUUAAUCCGAACAUCCCCCUUGUCGAUCCACGAAACGAUCUACUUAAAGCAAUUAGAGACGGAAUAAAACUGCGCAAAGUGGAGAAGAUCGAGCAAAAGGAAGUGGAACGCGGGAAUACGUUGAACGACGUAGCGUCCAUAUUGGCACGACGCGUCGCCGUUGAGUUCAGCGACAGUGAUUCAGCGUCAGAAAGCGAGUGCGACAGCGAGGGAUGGGGCGAACAAGAAACAAAUCUCGCGUGACAAACUUCGCUGUCAUCCACUACCACUACCACCGCCACCGCCACCUAAACCAAAUGGCUGACGAAUUUUUCUUGUCUUCUCUUUUCUUUUCCGUUUCGUUCAUUGGCAACGUAAUCGCAAUCUUUAUUGCUUAAGACACAUGAAAUUCGUCGGAAGUUUGGAAGCAAGUGGGAAAGACUUGUCGGACGUGAAAGUAGAAUCAGAACCAGCGAAUUCACACUCGAUGGUUUACGUUUACGUUAAGUUGGGUUAGUACAGAGAAAAAGUAACAGAAAGUUACAUAGACGUAGUACCAUUAUUAGAAGCAUAAACGUAAUUGUCAGGACAACAAUUAUUUUGUUGUACACCGUUUCGUCGCCUUUAACAGGGUUACUUUCGUUUGUUCGUAACGGAGA